CUCUAAUUUGCGUGCGAGCGACAGAAACCAAACAAGAACCUGUAUAGAAAUCUGGUUUAUUAACGGUCACCGCCAGCUCCAGCACUUUGUAUAUUUUUUUUGAUUUAUUUAUUGGUCCUCAAGCAGCAAAGCACAAGUUCAAGCUGUACUAGGAUCAUGUUUUACUCGUACACUAACAACCCCGCCGCGGCUCCUGCGUACCAGCUGCAGCAGCAGAGCGCGUCUUCUUUCUACUGCCCCAACCUUCAUCCGCAACACCAGGAGCACGAACGGCAGCAGUCUAGUACAGCAUCUUCCACCGCACAGCACCAGCAUGUCGAUGUACAACGACGCACGAGGCGCGCUUCAGCUGCCAAGAGGGAGCGGUGUCUGUCUGCUAUGUCGACAGCCUCUGGCACCAUGAUGGCACAACAUUCAUCAUUACACCCAGGCUGUUGCGGUAGUCGUGUUUCAUCUUUCGCUAGUUCUUCUUUUUCCACCACAGGAGCUGUGUUUUCUACUGGCAGUGCCGCGACAAAUUCAUGUUGUAUACAGCACCACCAGCACCAGCAUUUGCCGACACCAGGGUCCUCCUCGUCGUGCUUUUCUGGAUUCGGGGGCUUCACGACAGCGCAACUAAUGGGAGCCCAACAACAGGCGGCAUUGGCAACUGCAGAAGCGCUGCAUCACCAACAGGAGCACAUGAUGGCGCAACAGCAACAGAAUCGGAUGUUGACCGCGGCGGGGCACCAUCCAGUCCAAGUCGGAAUGGCUUUAGUUUCAGCACCAGCUUUACCCGCCGGGUUACUAGUGCCACCCUGCCCCGCCACAGGAGUCCCGGCCAGCUGUAUGCCAGCUGUUUACCACCACCAAACCCCCUGUGUUGACCCACGUCUAACCAGCUUCCACAGCGCAUCGCAUUUGUUACCGCCACCGGCCAUGGUCAUGCCUGCACCAGCGGGACUGCCUUACGUUGGUUUUAUUCAUCCGACAAGUUGUGCACCUCCUUCUUACUGCUCGGCGCACAUGGUCGCGGGUUACACUCCUUCUUCUAUGUCGAAUCUUCCUCACGACCCCUGCACGACUUGCAGUUCCGGAGGACAAGAAGAGGAACAUGUUGAAAAUCAACCACGUGAUGUAGAACUAACAGGGAAGAAAAAAUCCAGGACAACAAGAGCAACUUCCUCUACGACCGCCACCACCCGGGCACCCUCGUCGUCCUCUUUUUUUUACAAAACGGAGAGUCAGGGGCUGAAAAAGAGUAGGAGCUCACCUCCUGUAGUGCCAGUAGUUCCGAACAGCAGGUCAACUUGGCAGUCUUUGUCGGAGAGAAGUAGUUCUCCUGCGAGUUAUUUUUACGAGGAGGAGCACAACCAUGGGAGAAGCUCUUGCGAAAAUGAGUACCGUGAUCAACAGGAGUAUCACGUAACAAAUGGUGGUGUGAUGCUGCAGCGCAGCACUAGCACUCCGUGUGGGGAACAGCAAGGUGGUCACAAGAAGCACAACUCUUACAACAAGACCCACCAACAUUAUGCGGGUGUGCCAACCAGCAAUACAAAUAUGGCGAACUACAAUAACCGUUCCUCCUCUUGUUUCUCCAGCACCACAGCCGAGACCCGGAAAAGCAGUACUGUUGUAGCAACUUCUACGAUGUUGAACAACAAGCAGUCAAGGAGUUCUUGGACGAACAAGAGAGGAAACAGAAACAAGAACUACAGCAAGAAGGCACCAGCAGGAGCUCAUCUCUUUGUCCGGAGCGGUAGCACAAGCUCCUCUUCGAAAUUAUCGAAGGUUGGUGUGAAAAAGGCGAAUGGAAAAACUACUUCCAUAUCAAAUGCAAAAAUGUCUCGGUCUCGAAAGUUGCGAGAUUUGUCAUGCAUCUCGCGGACCACACUCAUGGUCUGUAAUGCAGGCAGAAGCAUCACAGAUUCUUUAAGACCUUCCCCAUGCCGCUUCCGCAUGAGAAAUUCCCCUUUUGCCUAGCGAGAGCUGGGUAACUGUUGGCGUUCAUGCAACACAGAUUUUCAUCUCGUGAUCCAGAUUUCGCAUGACAGGCUUCAUUCUUCCAGACCCAGACAUAUUUGCAUUGCAUAUUCCACCACUUAUCGCUAUCGUGUCGAUUCGUCCUCCUGUUCCAGAAAUCACAAGGAUACCAGCAGCCGGAGUUCUUUCGAUGCAGCUGGCAAGAACAAGAACAACAACACGGCCGCUACUUUUUCUGCAGCAAAAGGCGGCAAGGGCGGCAACAAAGGUAGGGGCGGCCGGCGUGCCGCAAGACGACGGAGAGCCGCGGCUGCAGCAGCAGAAACAGCAGCUGCAACAUCGCAGUUGCACAUCAAUGCGGCUGGAAGUACUGCUUGUGUCACCACGAGGACAGGCGGGCCUCGGUACAACUACAACGCCAGACGAGCAAGGAGUGAAGAUCUUGUCAACCGUUCUUCCCAUGAUCCUCGGCAGGAUAAGUUCAUUGAAAACAAGAAAACCCAGUACAGCCACAACCAACCCUAUUUGGGUCAGUGGCGGAACAGCAGCGGCAGAGAAGAGGAGGACGACCACCUCGUAGGUCGCGACUUUUAUUUCCCCCGAGCAGCACAAAAGGCCGAAGAACGCAGUGGGGCGUUUUUUGACGAGGAGGAAGAUCAUGAUGAUCGUGAUCAGAACAUCAAUCGUAGUUGUACUUCAUCACGCGCCCGUCACUACACCUCGACGAAUGUGCUCUUUAACAAAAUCCAAGACAGCGUCGAGGAGGAACGGACACGGAGAAGGGUUGAAAAUAUUAGCAUUCAGCACCGAAUAAACCAGAACGAAGACAUAGACGCUGAUAUCGAAGAUUGCGUGAUGCACCAGGCUGAUCAUACAACACAUGAUACAGACCAGCAUCGGGAAGCCACGCUGCAGACCUGGAGGAACUACGGCACGCUGCUGCACCAGCCCUUUCCCGGCGGGGGCGGGAUGUCGACUACUACAAAUGACAUGAUGAUCACACCUGAGCCUAGAAGCCGCUCGCUACCUGCAGCAGCUAGUACUUCCCGGCCAGCUAGCAGCCUGCUAGAUCAGGACCCACACGACCCACCUCCGGGUUAUGAAAAUACGAUUAUUGUGGCGGACCAGGACCAGUUUCACCAGACAAUGCGCAGGAGAUGUUCUUUCAGCCAGGAGGAAUAUUUUUACGAGGAAGCAGGAGACCACGAGCGAAACGAAGAGCAUGAUCCUUGUGACGAGGUGGACGAGGGUCAACUACACAACUUCCACGGGGACGGGGGCGAGUACAACGAGGACGAAGAUGACGUUACUGGCCACGAACUGGACCACCUCCCCCCGGUUGAGGAUGAUUUUCAGUUCGAGGAAAUUGAGGACAGUUCGGAAGUUCAAUUUGCGAACGAAAGCUAUAAUCCCGAACAUGAUGAGCAGGGGCAAGAAGGUGGAGGAGAGAAAUUUCAUGAAUAUGAAUUUUCUGGAAGGCGGACCACAACGAGGAAGAAUAACUGCGAUAUUGCAGUUGAAAACGACGUCGACCUAGGAGAAGACUAUGAGCCGUCCGUGGUCUUGUUUCCCUUCGAGCUUGUAGAGGAUGACAACUCCAUUCCGGAGUGUUGGCAGACCCAUUCGGCGAUUACAGAAUUGGACUACGAGGACGAAAAGGAAAAAAUGUACGAGCGAAGGAUGUCGCUGUUUUUCGAGUCCGAGCGAGGGAGCAGUCCACUGGUAGGUGGGUCGUUGUUUGUGCAGGACAGCACGACAUCAACUACGUUGAAGUGAGGAAAAAGGAGCAGCAGGCAGCUUGCUGUAAGAUAAAAAAGAAGCACGAAUUUUAUAAAAUUUUUUGAGCAAGGAAGAUCAAGAUGGAAAUAAUAAACUCCUCAUUGAAAAAAUGGGUCUACAACACGACGACGCCUACAGUAUUUGAAUUUAUUAAGUGGCCAGCACAACAAGACGAAGUGAUGUGAAGCUGAAGGACGGGAUUCUUCAGUCUUCUUCAAUGUUGAUUACGCCUACUUAUCUUCUUCAACGUUCGAAAAUUGUGGACACCAGGAGCGAGCGCAACUGAUUUGUAGAAUAGCGUAAAAAAUAUGACUGGGCGUAGUAUCGCCUCGUCCAGAAAUCCCUUGAACUUUGAAGCUGACCACUGCGCUCUUGAAGGACGCAAGAACAGGAUAGCUGUACGAUAGUCAGAAUAAUAAAUAGGCUGAGGCUCUGUUCCUUGUUGCAGAAGAAUGGCGGCAUCCAUCGAGCGCAGCCUCAAAGACCAAGACGGCAUAACGCGGUUGCCAUUCCUUCUAUGCAGGUAUCUUGUAUGUGUAGAGCAGAAUGUAGUAUGAUAUGAAAUGCCUUAAAAAGAAGUUUGAAGUAAUAUGUGUAGAAUAAAUUCAAGAUGACGCUUGAAUCAAGCCGCUGAGUCGCCGUUUCCUACGCAUCACAUGCGAUCUAUACUCAGCCGUAUACUACAUGAGCCUAUCAUACAGAGCGCCACCGCUCUGCAAGUGCAACACACAGCGUCUACUCCCAUAGGGAUGGAGAAGCUGUAGCCUUCGUUGCAGCAACAGGCUGGCUUUAUUGCUGUCCGAGAAAAUAAUUAGAGCGAAAAAAUCAAACAACAUCAAGAGCCAUGACCACCCUUUCGGAAGAUGCUGAAAAUGCAAAUUGAAAGAGUUGAAUGCUGGCCGAGGAGUGCACUAAUUUUACCGUCCAAAGAAAUAAGUGAACAUGAAGUGUAAGACUAAAUAAAAGGGGAGCCAUGAUUCUAGAAGGGACGAGAACAAAAAGAAGUACUUAUGAAGAUUUUUAUGAAGCAGAAGCAUCUUCACAAGAAGAGCACUAGAGAGAGCCGCACCGUUUCUAUCAGUUUUUAGGCGCGAAAAAAAAGACUAUAGUCAUAGUUCUUUAAACAUUUACAAUACGACGUGCCUCCACCAAAAAGUCUCAUUCACUGUAUUGAUUUUAUGAUUGCACUAGCACACAAGAGCGACUUCUUCAGUUUGGUCCCAGCGCUCACGCUCUUCACCCGAACAGCUACACUAUAAUUUGCAAAAGACCAAAACCAUGUAUAUGAUUCUGAGUAGCGACGAAAAACCAAAACUACACGACGGAAAGACAAAGUAGUAAAAGGAUCGUCAUGAUGACCUCCUCCCUUGUAGAUGUAGAAGCAAAAGGAGCAUGAUAUCAAAGACUUAAAGCAACAUCAGUGAUGGUGAUGUUAGUUCUCGCUGCUUUAUUGACUACUAU